CUUCACAUUAAGUUUCCCAGUUCGUAGAAACAAGCAAGGUUCGUCUCACGAAAACAUUCCAGUUUGUUGACGUUUUAGGCAAGUUAUCAGCUUUAGGUGUAGUGCGAUAAGAAGAAGUUACACCGAAAGAUGAAAUGUACAACGGUUAUAUUUAUUAUACUUGCUGGAUUGCUGAACACUUUGGUGUUAUGCGAAGACACGAUAUGGGAAAAUGGGAACGACGGCGGCCAUGAUGGAUCUUCCCAUAUCGUUGAUAAUUUUCACAAUUUGUUGUCUUAUUUGGAUGUUUCUGCCAACAAGGAAUCAUUGGGCCGGGAUGAAGUACAGACAAUUAUUGGAGGAUUGUUUGAACGAUUCCAUUGUAAUGAAACUUUAUCUACGAACGAGUGCUCUGAGUGUCUGUCUUCUUCAAAAGUCUUCCAAAUCGUUACAUCGAACCAAUCUAUCAAUGAAGCACAAUUUAAUGAUGCCUCUUUGGUCAUCAUAUAUCACAUUUUCCACAUGGAAAAUAUUUGCCAAAAUGUAUCAUCCAAUAUCACAAUGGACUUAGCUUUCUAUGUGGAUGGAAUUAUGAAUUUUGAGAAAGACAAUUUUGACAAUUUCCACGAUCAAGUUGAGCACUUCAUUGAAGUACUAAUAGAGAAACUUCAUGGAGAAGGUGAACAUGAGCAUGGAGAAGAUCACCAUGGAGAAGAUGAGCAUGGGGCAGAUGAGCAUGGGGCAGAUGAGCAUGGAGAAGAUGAGCAUGAUGACCACAUGGAUGAACAUGAGUGUGUGUCAAUAGAUGAAUUGAUGCAUUCAGCUAGUUUAGAAGAGUCAUCUGCUUCAACAAAAGAAAACUGGGGCAAGAUGACUACAUUACUAGUCCUGAAUUUCCUUCAAGGGACUAAUAUUCGACAUGAAUGUCCAAAAGGCCACCCUAAGAGAGAGGAAUUCAUUGAUGCCAUAUUUAAGCAUUUUAACAUUGCUGAGGGGGAGAAUAUGAUGGAAGAAGAUUUUGAGAAGCUACUGAAGAUGUUGAAGAUUGGUUCAGCAGAAGGACAUGAAGAUCAUGAGGGAGACGAACAUGCUGGUCAUAAGGAAGAUGAAGAUGCUGGUCAUAAGGAAGAUGAACAUGCUGGUCAUGAUCAUAAGAGACGUAGAAGGUCUCCUUCACAACGCAAGUUUAAACAAAAUUCUAGACAUAAAAGAAAUGCUGAAGCUGUUCAAAAGUGUUUCAAUGGGGAGGCCAUUAUGGAUAUGUAUGGAGUGAAUCACAGUGUUGGUAUCUCAGAGACACAGUUUGCCACCCUGACCCCCACCUUAAUCCAGCAACAAAUCACUGGAGCGUGCAUGAAGAAUGAAGUUCAUGAAGAAAAGUUGAAAGAGACUCUUACAUUAGCUGAAACAUAUGGGUAUGGUACUUUAUCUGUAUUUAUCAUUAGUUUGUGUGCCAUGUUGGGAAUCUUCACCGUACCUUGUCUACGCACCAACACGUAUCGUUACGUUAUGACGACAUUUGUAGCCCUCGCUGUUGGAACAAUGGCUGGAGACGCUCUCCUGCAUCUCAUACCACAGGCUUUGGGAAUUCAUGUCCAUGAAGAUGAUGGGCAUGACCAUACUCCUACAGGCCCUAUCAUACUUGAGGAUUGGUUGGCCAAACAGUUGAUUGUUGUUGCAGCACUCUAUGCCUUCUUCCUGCUAGAAACUUUCAUGGAUAUUGGGAGGCCUGAUACACCAGAUCACCAUACUGGACACAGCCAUGGAUAUGGCCACAGUCAUUCACAUAUUCCUGACAAACACGAACUGAAACAUUCAAAGAAGAGAGACGAAAAGCAGAUGAAUGAGUCCAAUGGUACAGUUAACUCCAUAAUGAAAGGAUCUGCAGAGGGUAUAAAUUAUGAUCACGUUAGUGUUGAAGUUCUCAAAGACUCCCAUGGUCACUCUCAUGAGCAGGGUACACUAGGCAAAAAAGGAUGUGCAGGCAUAUCCAUAUUGGCUAUGAUGGUGAUAAUUGGGGACAGUGUGCACAACUUUGCUGAUGGACUUGCAAUUGGAGCUGCAUUUUCUCAAGAUACUAGAAGUGGAAUAGCUACAUCAAUUGCUGUGUUUUGUCACGAGCUUCCUCAUGAAUUAGGAGACUUUGCUGUGCUUCUCUCAACAGGCAUGGGCUUUAAGAAAGCUCUUUUUGUAAACUUCAUAUGUGCAUGCUUUGCAUUUGUCGGGAUGUAUCUGGAAUGUUCCUCUAUGUAUCUCUUGUUGAUAUGCUGCCAGAAUUAGGCAAUAUGAGGGCAGGCUCCAGAUGGGGAACAUUCUUCUUCCAGAACUUGGGGAUCCUCUUAGGACUUGGCUUCAUGGUGCUUAUAGCCCUGUUUGAGGAUCGCAUUAGGGUCUAAACAUAACAACAAAGGUGGAGGAUUUAACUUGAUACUUACAGACAAUAUUAACCAUGCCUUCAAUGUGAAUAGGCAUAAUAUGGUGUCUCUACAAAACUGGCUUUCGAGGAUAUGAAAAUUAUAAGUGGCUUGUCACUGUCUGCUAAGCUUAAGCAUUUCAUGUGGUAAGCUUUUCAUGUGGUUUUUGCUGAACAUAUGGAGACGUAGUGUUAGAUACAAGGUGAGGUCUUAGGUGGGAGGGGUGGAGAAAUACUUGUCAUGUUUCAUGCAGCAUAUUUAUGUGUCUUCUUACAAAGUUCUUUUACAAAGUUCAUGUGUAAUGAACUUCAUUAAAUACAUGUAGAUCUGACAGAAGGAGCGGGAUCUGAUUUUUUAUAGUUUGCAUUCCUUUUAUUUUUAUAAACAUAUCAAGGUCUCCCUGACUUUAAAAUGGGUAUUAUACAGAAUUCUUGCCAUCCUCUUAAUACGGGAUUCUAGAAUUUUCCCUUUGAGAUUUGAGACUUUAAAUCAGAUUGCAAGUACUUGUAGUUUAAAACUGAUUAUCAAAGGAUGGAAUGUGGAAAAAGUCUGUGUCUCUGUAUUACAGAAGAUGAAUCUAUGCCUUAAGAGAUGAAGACCCUCAAAGGGCUUCUUUAUGUUCAUAAUAAUUUCUGUCAAAUCCCAUAUUUUUAUAUCAAAAUAAAAUAGAAUGGUAAACAUGAAAUUAGUAAAAUUGGUAACUUGAACAUUAUUCCACAAAUUGAUGCACAAUUAGCAGAGCUUCCAUUCUAUAUGAAGAUUUUGAUACAGAGUGACCCAAAAAUAGAAUUCUAAUAUAAGGACCAUGUGAGGUAUCGCAAGUGAUUUUGGACAGUCAUAUCUUUGACCACCAGUACUUUACAG